GGCGCGCUCCCGCCGGCCCGCGGCGGCAGCUGUGAGGGGAAGGGGGCGGCCGGCCUGCAGCUAUGGAGCUGGGAGAGGAGGAGGAGGAGGAGGAAGAAGAGCUGGUUCCUCCUAUUGCAACAACUCCACCCCGUCGUAGCUGGAAGGAGGAAUCCUUAAGCCGCAGCAGCAGCGAAACCCAGGCAUCAGUUGCCAGCGGGAUCUCCCUAGGAGAAGCAAUACGUCAGAAAACUGCUGUUAAUUGGGGAAUUGAGUCAUGGUAUCAACUUCCAGCAGAAGUGGAUGCCAGCCAUUUAACUGCUGCCUCGGAGACAAAGCUUGGCCUGACUUGUGAUAGAAAUGACCUGACGGAUUUCCCUACGCUGGAGGAAGGAGUGUUGCCUUCGGCAGAAGUGUCUAGAAGGCAGUCUCCUGGAGAUACAGCACAUGGAUUACUGCUGGAUAUUCAGGACAGUCAAUUCCCUCCCCGUCUUCCACUGCUGAUGUAUUCAACGCAAGGCCAAAGAUUUUCAGAUGAGACGCUUCUCCCGCAAUCAGAAAUGAAUUUUAUUCCCUUAAGAGGAGUCCCUGAUGUUUCUGGUGUGUCUGAGGAGCACUCGGGGCCUUCGCAUGUCCGUGAAGCUGUGUCGCUGACAGGCGCAGAAUCUCCCUCUGAUGCACCCAGUGGCUGCUUUACGCUGUCCCAGCAUCCUCUUCCGUUCAGGCAUGUGGAACCUUGUGAUGCCAGCUGUAGUGGUUGUUUGUCUCAGCAAACCUCUUCUUCUGGCCAACGGCUUGCGAACAAGGAGGCAAAUGAAGACUGUAAAAGUGAUACUAGUGAGAAGGCAUGGAUUCCCCAAACGAGUGACAAUUUAGCAAAUUCCACUUCAAAGGUGACGCUAACCGAGGCAAAUAGACUGAACCAAAUGGAAGCUUCAGAGAAAGAAGAAGGGUUCCUGAGGCAUGAUGAGUUCUCGUCUUCAGAAAACUCCUCUUGUAAAACAGCAUUGAGUAAGAAUUCAGAAAAAAGGGAGAGAGAGGUGCAAAAAGAAAAGGUAAAAAUGGCUGAGGGCGAGUCAGAAGGGUGCACGAUGCAGCUGGAGAAGCUGGAAAAAAAAAAGGUUCCUGAGCUUGAUUUAUCUAAUAAUUUAUCUGAUGAUUUGAGGAAAGACAAUUGUAAAAAUUCAGAUGCACGAGAUGUUUUUUCUGCCAAGACUUUGGGAACAGGUGAAGGAAUAUUGAAGGAAUGCAAAGUGGAUUUAAAUGGCUCUGAAAGCUUGAAGUUCGUGGCUGUUGCUGAGGAACUCCAGGGAGCUUUCCUAGAUCAUCAACGGAAACGGCUAUCCCCUGCAGUGAGAUUUGAGAGAGAGGAGUUUAUCCCUGCUGUGACAAGCACCAGCGAUUGUGCCCCUAAACAAGUAGCUGUGACUGACAUGGAAGCUCCUCCAUGCAGUGAGGAUGCCCCGGUGCAAGUAGAACCUGGAGUAAGCAGGACUGAAUUAACUAUUUCAGAUUUUUCCAUAGAAAGGGGACAUAAAGUUACAGGCAUUUCCCCUUCCUUUAACCUUGUAGGUGAUGGCUCAUUCUCUGUGCAAUUUAUUCAUCCAAGCUAUCAGUCCACCCCAGGGAUACUUCUGAAGAAAAAUGUUAUGGCAGAAGAACUUGGUGUCCUUGUGAUCAAAUCAGAUAUCCAGGCCUCUCCUUCAUGCUUAAAUGAAGAAACUCCAGGGAACUCGUCUACCGGUACACCUGUAUCUGUUGAGAAGCCACAUUCACUCCAAUGUGAUCAGAAAGAAAACAAUGAACACUUUGAGUCCUUGAAAUAUCCCCACACUGGAAGAAUUCGGUCUCUCCCAUCGCUUAGUUUCAUGGAGAAGGUAGAGGCUUGGAACGUGAGCCAGCCAGAGGAGGUGUCUGGUGCAGCAACGUCGCGUGACCCAGGUGGAGCUUCUCCUAGAAGGAAAGCCUACAGUGCAAUUGCCAGUUCUUCAAAGGAGAUUUUGUCAAUACAAAAAAGCGCUAGAGACCCCAAAGAUUACAUUGCUGCUUUCUCUAGAGAGACAGGUUCCCUGGGAAGCUUAUGUUUUCAUAAUAAAAACUUACUGCUUGCCCACCCUCUUACUAGAUCUCAGUCUGACAAUGCGGUAAAUGUUUCCAGUAGGAACAUGUCCUUGGCUGAAGUUAUUCCACCACCAAACUCAACAGAGGUGGUGCAGCCUCUAGAAGAAAAAAGUAACGUUUUAGGAGUGUCUGAAAAUACUUCAGGAGGCUCCAUGAUGCAAAAGUUUGCAGCUGAGAUGGUUUCUGGAUCUAGUGGUGAAGAUGCAGAAAGUAAUCGUACAGGACAAAGUUCAGACCCAAACGUUUUUGCUUCUGGUGAAGGAGUUGCUCAGCUUCUUAGAGAGGAUGGAAACUCUCCAACUGAGGACCAGAAGAAUUGUGAUGCUUUUGAAAAUCACGGACAGUCUCACAACCUAGAUAUUCCUACUGGCCACAUCAGCAUGGACAAAUAUGAUGAUAUUUCCCCAGAUAGUUUGAAUCUUCCUGUUAGUUCUGGGGAAAGCAGCCAAGGGAGCCUGGGCUCUGCAGGGUGCUCUUCAGUGGUUUCCAGGCACUUCUUCACCAGUGCGAAAGAGGGUAACUUCAUCCCCGUUGGAUCAACUUCUUUGGAAACUCCAGUGAAAGAAGAGCUUAAUAUUGAAGAAAGGAUCCCAAUAUAUCUUCGCAACCUUGGCAUUGAUCAGUCACCUGGAACCAUAUUGGCGCCGUUUAUACCCCGAGGACCUAUCAGGGAAGUUGAAUUGUCCCCUUCAGAGCUUAGAAUGCUGAAGGACUCCACCGACACGCUGACAAGGACUGCUCCGCAGCUGCAAGGUAAAUUGUCGUCAGCAGUUGAAAUUCUGCAAACAAGUUUUAACUCCGGCGCUUCCACUCUCAGCACGUCUAUACCAAUGGGUUCAGAAGCUGGCUCUGAUAUUCUGUCACCCCGUGAACUCUCUCCCCGCUUCUCAAGAUCUUUUGGAGACAAACCAAUGCGUCAGUGCAGUAUGUCAUGCCACCAACUGGAGAUAACUGCUCCGCUUUCCACACAGCGGGAGGCAGAGUGUUCAUCUGUCUCUAAACUAGCUGAACCGAACCGGCAGCUGCCGGCUGUUUCACCUGACUGCCAUUCCGACAGAGAGGGUCCCAUGCUUCCUGCAAAAAGUGUUCAGGAUCUGCUAGCUAAAAAUGAAUCCAGAGAUGUUAAUAGCAGCCAGCAGAGAUGGACUGCCAGGUCUUCAGCUGGAGUUAAAAAUGAAGUGGCAGUUGACAGAGGAUCACCAACUUCGAGUGUGGGUGGUACGAGAAAUAAGGGUCAAGAAAGCGAUUGUUUGAUUGGAUCUAGUGGAUUGCAAGAAAUACGUAAGCUUUUGGCAGAGGCAGAGGAUAUAGCUGGCAGGUGGUGUGAUCCUGGCUUUUCCACUGCCUCUUCUGGAGAAACUGGUGAGUCUUCCCCAGUGCUGAUUAGAAAGGAUGGCCCUGAAGAUUCCCGGUUAGUGAAAGACAGCGUCCCUCAGUUUCGGAAGAUGCUGACAUGGGGUGAGACUUCGACCCAAAGAAGUAUGCAAGAGGGGUCAGUAGUAAAGGCUCUGAAUUAUAACACAUGCAAUUUAAGACAGGAAAAUCCUUUUGAUGUCAGUUUCCACAGUAGGGAAGAGAUGAUGAAGGAAAUGACCAAAGAGUUUAGGACAGGAAGAUCUGUAGGAAGGUCUGAGCCAGAAGGCUGUAGUAGUGUAACUACAGACAGAAAUCAGCCUGGUUUUGUGGGUCUUGCACAAAGCAAUGGAAGUAGUGAAGUCAGUGCUGGGAGAACCUCCGAGCUGGGGAAUCCUCCUUUCUCAGAGCCUCCAGGCAGUGUCACCGAUGUCGCAGGAGGCUUCCAGAGCCUGUUGUCUAAAGCAAACGCAGCUGGCAGCAAGGCAGGAGGCAUGCGAGACAGUGAUGACAGUAGCAGUGGAGAUUCGCUAGCUGCCCGUGUCAAAAACCUUCUGGGAAAUCCUCUUUCCUCAGAGCCUCUAGGCAGUGCCACUGAUGUCCGGGGAGGCUUCCAGAGCCUGUUGUGUAAAGCAAGCACAGCUGGAAGCAAGGCAGGAGGCGUGCGAGACAGCGAUGACAGUAGCAGUGGAGACUCACUAGCUGCCCGUGUCAAAAACCUUCUGGGGAAUCCUGCUUCCUCAGGGCCUCCAGGCAGUGUCACCGAUAUUGCAGGAGGCUUCCAGAGUGUGUUGUGUAAAGCAAGUGCAGCUGGAAGCAAGGCAGGAGGUGUGCAAGGGAGCGAUGACAGUAGCAGUGGAGACUCACUAGCUGCCCGUGUCAAAAACCUUCUGAGAAGUGGAUCGCCUGUGAUACAUGCAACACAAAUUCUGAAGAGUCCAGAUGAAGAGGAGAGGAAAGCACGAGCAUGGGUGAAGAUCAGACUGGCCAGCCAAUCUCAGGAAUCUGUGUUGGACCUGAAUGAAGACGACCAACAAAGAAUAAAGGAAAUAAAGGCGGAGCUGCUUCUGAGUGCCAAGAAAUCUGCACUAGCCAAGGAUCCAUGGGUAUGUGGUUUGGAAGCUGCUUCUGACUACAGCCAUAAUCAGGAACAGGACACAAAUCAUUUCAAAGCUCCAAGUGACAGAAGAUUUCAGACCGACAAACACACAGAAGCCGUCAGGACUAAGGAGGUUUUAGAGUCAAGCUUACGGCAAGCUGUGCCGUUAUACAGAGCUGAUCCUUCCGAUUCUGGCCUGCUGAAGGAUACGCAGUUUAAAUCUUCGAGCACCAUUCAGACGCCUGUCUGCAACCAACGUCAAACAAUUGCCAUUAGUCGUUCUGAUGCCAUUGUUGAACUUCAUCCACCAUUGCAGAAGGAACGGGGCACAUGUGCGAUGAGGUCUGCAGCUGCUUCCGAUAUACAAAGAGAAGCCCAUUUACCGGCUCAGAAGAAGCUGUCUAUGGAAAAGUGUUCUGAAGAUAUGGCUAAGCAAAUUACUUCUAUCACCUUUUCAUCCCGAAAACGUUUGCAGUCACCGGUGACUUCCAUGGCAGUCGGCAGUAGUCUUACUAGAGAUGAUCUUGAUGGGAUAAUGCCUUUGGAGGUUGACUCUGCUAGCACUGAGGAACAGAGCCAUGACGAACAGCACUGGGAAAGAUCUAAGACCUGUCCUCCUUCAAGUCCAGUGCUUGCUGGCUCAGUGUCUAACGAGGUUCCUUAUACUGCUGAGAAAGACAGCAGGUUUCAUCAUGUCUCUGCUGACAGUAACAGAGUUGGAGCUUAUCAAGAAACAGACUGUUUGUCAGAUCAGGAUUCUGUAAGCAUCCAUGCUGAUAAAGGGCAGACCCUUAGUGCAAAAAAUUCUGAUGUUCUGCCUCAAGAUGUGACUGAAUUGGGCAGGCGUAGUGCCAGACUUGUGGGGCUUGACUGCGAUAUAAGACUCGGGCAAGAAACGAAGAGGGUUAAUGAACCCCUUUCUAGAAACUCUUACCAGCAGGAAAAAAGCAGCCCAGCUGGCCACAUCGAAUUAUACAAGAGCUUAGAAGGGCCAGGUCCAACUGUACAAACUGAUUUGCUGAAGGGCCAUAUUAAGUUGCUGGCAGAAGAGAAGAAAAGUCCUUCUGAUGAAGUACCUGUCAUUCAGAAAGAGGUUGUGGGAGAGCAAAUUGAUAUAUCUCACCACUCAUCUACAGAUGACAUUUUAUCCACCACGUCUGUAUCUCCAUCACCAACUAAGAAAGUACUCUCAUGUGUCCACAUAACUCUUUCCUCAAAGUGUAAUAGCUCAGAGCUGCAUGGUGACUUGAGUACUAAAAAUGAGAUGACAUCAUGGGUUAAACCUGAAGUAAAUACUCAACUAGUGUCUUUAAAAGCUCCAGAAACUUCAGUAGAAGCUGUUUCUAAAUUAUCAGCUGCUGACCUUAUUCCAGAAGAUCAAAGAUCUUUGUCUUUCCCAGCGCCAGUGUCUUCAGCAGAUCCCUGCCUGGUGCUUUCCUCUGUUACAAGCACAGCAGGGCAACAGCUGCCUCUGCAAAGCAGCGAGAGACUACAAGACACUGCUCUGAGUUCAGAGGGAUGUAGUCUGAAGAAUAUCUUCAACUCUGUAGGUCCUGCAAAAACCGAGAAAAGUACUUGCGAUGCUAGCACUCAGAUAACAACAGAAAGUCCUGGAAAAACAACCUUUUCAGCAGAAAUUUACGUUAAUUCACAAGAUGGUGAAAAUGCUGUCCACAAGUCGUCUCCCCAGAAAGCACGUGAACUUCCCAACAAUACAACUUCAUCUCUUAACAAGAUUUCGUCUUUCCCAAGGCAGGGUGGUCAGCCCUUGCUGCUGCCGUAUAAACCUUCUGGAAGUACUGGGAUGUAUUAUGUUCCUUAUCUAAAGGCAGGAUCCAAGAUUUCUCCAGCUGAGUCAGAAAUCAAUGUUGAGAGCUCUCACUCAGGGUCAAAUGAUGCUCUUCCUCCAGGGUUUCCGGCAAACGUGCUUGGUUUAAGGGAUGAUAAUCCCCCAGACAGUGCGGCUAUCCAGCAUAAAGAAGGAGUCUACAGUAAGAGGGCCAAGCCCAAGCUAGCCUGGGCUGAGGAGCAAAUGGAAGCUUCCCCAGAACACACACAUCAGUUGAAGUCUGUAAAAACUACUCAUUCAGACUUCAAAUCUGCACGGUUCUACCUUCAUCAUCCGAUGCCCACGUGUGAGAGCUACUUCCUGUCUAACAGCGAGCUCUCAGAAGACAGUUCUGGUGUUGGACGUGCCAGACCUUCCACAAGUGCUGUCUUGCAGAAUCGGAAAAAAGUACGUCAUCAUCAGCGUGUUUUCUCUGUACAUCAUAAAAAAGGUGGUGAAAAUGAAUUCUUCCCCCUCACUGCAGAAGACGAUUACAGCAAGAAUGAGGAUCUAAAUGUUAGCGCAUCUUUGGGGAACAAAAUGUCGGGGAAGGAGCUACUUCAACACGGCAGAAGAGAAGCAGAACAAAAGGCAGCUAGAAGUUAUCCUUUGCCCUGUAGCCAAACAACUCCCCUCAAUGAGGCGGCAGAGAAAGACUUGCCACCGAGACACCGAACCGGCUCCGGUGGCAGCUUAGAUGAACUCUGGAUUAAGUUUCUUGAGUGCCAGAAGAGACACCAGCAUCAUGAUUUUAGGAGAAACAGUGAGCUGUCCCUUGUUGAACGCCUCGAUCGAUUGGCCAGGGUCCUUCAGAAUCCCAUUAAGCAUACACUGAUACCAACAAAAUCUGAGAUUAAUGUUUCUGAAAAGAAAAUUAAGGGAAGAGAGCAGCAGAAAAUAAGACUGCCAGAUCAGAGCAUGUCUGAAAGUCCCUUAGAGCCUAACGCAACACAGGUUGAAGAAAGACCACGUAUCAUCCGUGAUAAAAAUAGCUUUGUUGAGCUCAGGAAAAACAGGUCAGGAGAGAAAAUAAUCUGCCACACGAAUAGAAUUUUGGAGCACCAGCAGUACUUGGAAACUCCUAGUGACACUUCUUCAGAGACGAGGCUUAGCAGAGGUCAUGGCACCACGAUCAGUUCCACCACCUCAGAAUUUGAUGGUGUGACCCAAACAGAGAUGGAAACUGCUACUCAGACUGAGGCGAGCAGUUCCAUUUCCACCAUUGACACUGCCAGGCUGAUCAGGGCUUUUGGGCGUGAAAGAGUGCGGGUGUCACCAAGACUCUCCCAGCUUUAUUGUACCAUCAACCACCAGAAAAGUCGCUCUGAAAAGUGGGACAAGGGAUGUGGCAAAGCGGUGGGUGUAGAAUAUCCAAAGGUUACUUCUGAGAGACACAGGAAAAGGAAAGAGGUCCAGAACACACUGUCCCUCUCAUCGGAUUCAACCUCUGCAAGCAGCAGUUCUUGGGGGCCAAGCUCUGCUCUUAGUAACAAGCGACGGACACGGAUGCUAAACAAAGGUAUCCAAGCAGGAGACUUGGAGAUUGUGAACAGUGCAACUAAGAAAAACACUCGCGAUGUUGGCGUGACUUUUCCUACCCCGAGAUCAAGCCAGCCAAAUAAACGGCCACAGGAACCCUGGCAUUGUGUUGAUGGUAUUUUUGGAGAGUCAGAUGGUAUGGUCACAGAUCAUCAGGCAGCAGGAAGCAAGGGUAAGCAGAAUGGACAGCCAGGCAAUUUUUUCGUGGAGAAAAGGACGAAAAGGAGCAGGCUGCAUUUACCACAAGGGAUUUCAUGGUUCGUCCAAGCAGAAGACUUGAAAUCUGAAUCUAGGAAAGAAAACCAUUCCAAUUCCUUUUCUGGUCCUGGUCCCUCUUGGUUUGAACCGUUGACCAACACAAAGCCUUGGAGAGAGCCUCUCCGAGAGAAGAACUGGCAAGAGCAGCAGCAGAGCAGCGUGAUUCAGCCAGCAGUUCCAGAAAGAGAUGCUGAGAACAGGUCCUUGCGACCGUUCGUGAAGCUUACGCUACAGGAGGCUCUUGCAAUGCAUCGCCCUGAUUUCAUCUCCCGCUCUGGGGAGCGUGUGAAGCAUCUGAAGCUUGUAAUGGAGGAGAGGAGGAUACAGAGCGCACUGCAGUCUGAACGAGAAGAGCUAUUUAAUCCGCCGGAGAAAAGAAAGGGCUACAGGAAUGCAAGUCACGUGCUGUCCGACAGAGGUUUUCUGAUUAGAGAAAAAAGAAGAACAAUUCCAAAGAGUGAAAUGAUUCAAAGAUCUAAACGGAUCUAUGAGCGGCUGCCAGAGGUACAGAAGAAGCGAGAGGAAGAGAAGAGAAAAAUGGAAUACAACGCAUACCGCCUGAAAGCACAGCUUUACAAAACGAAAAUCACCAACCAUGUCUUAGGGAGGAAGGUGCCUUGGAACUGAUAAAGAUCUGCUCAAAUGAAGGUGUCUUUGUGCUCGGUAAACCUGCAGCAUAAAGGAGAUUACGAUGUAAAAGAAAUAAUGCAGUAAAUACGUGUGCGGUGUAUGUUUUGUGGCAUUCACUUGUGUCAUUUUUGUACUAAUACAAUCUUGCUGUAUUUAAGAAUCAAUGAUUUGAUACGAAUGACAGGUUUUUAAAUAAAUGGCUGGGUUUUAUAGUAGUGUUAUGCACUUCCAAAGCGAACACAGUUUGGAAGCACUUGUUUCAUAAUAUAUUUGUAACUACCUGAUUGGAAUAGCAGUUUUAUAUAUUUAUUUUAAAUGGUUUUUAACAAUGAUUAUUUUUAAUUAUUUUUUUAUUUCCUAUCACAAUGUAGAAAACUUGUAAUGUUUUGUAAUAUGAAAACCGCUUAAAUAAAUAACAUCAGAUCA